AUGCAACCAUCCAUCCACCUCUUGACACAUCAAAAAAUUUAGUAAACUUUCUUUUCUUUUCGUUUCUUAAUCUUCUCAUGGAGCACCCAAGACUUUCAUCUCUGAGGAGAUGGAACGCAAACACUUGCAACCAUGUCAGGAGGCGCCAAUACUAGCCAUGAAGCCAGCAGCUGCAUUCAUAGAGUAUCAUCACCCCGCUUGGGUGGAAUGUGACCAUGCAUACAUGCAUAUACACAUGUGGACAAUGUGCAGAUAGUACUAGUAGGGUGCAUCGUUGAACCGGGGCAUGAUCGACUACUUUCCCCAUCCUCCCUUCCCACCCUUACCUACCAAGGGAAUCAGUAUUACUAUACGGGCUAUAGUAUUAUUCACUACUUUGGAUUCCCUCCAAAACCCAAGUAGCCAAGCCGUUGUCAUAUCCACCAUGAUGGAUGAUCGCCAUGCUAGUCUCAUCCCUUCCUGUCCAUAUGGGACCUGGAAAUGUUCAAAUUAUGUGGCGUCACUCGGUGGGAUUGGCGCUUUACUGACUUUUGGCGUGGCCAUUGUUAGACAGGUGUUACAUCCCAAUGCUGUGCCCUUACUCAUGUCUUUGCGAAGUCUUGGAAGCUGAUUCUGAUUCAUUAACACAAUGUGUCAGAUAAUGGUCAAUGGAAGAACAAAUGCACCGUCAUCCGCUAGUCAGAC